AUGCAGCCUCUAGAUCACCCCCCGGGAGGUGGGGAUGACCCGGGAGGGGCAUCUGCCCUAACCGAGGAGCCUACUGUGCCUCUUACAGGUACAGCCUGCGCGUCGACGGAUAGCGACGAGAGUCGAAUUACUCAGCCGGUGGAGGCGGCAAGGCCGGGCGCCAGCACAUCGGCCUUACUACCGCUUCCAGGGGCCAUCCAGGAGGAUUCACAGGGACCGGCGGCUGAUGGAAACUACCCCAUGCUCGGUGACGAAGGCAUGCCGAUUGGUUGCCUUAGCACAGGCGGUGCACUUGGUUCGGCAUUCUCCCUUCGCCGCAAGCCUAGCGCUUCGGCGGUUAAAGGAGUAAACUCCCAGGACGGCAGAGACAGGUCCAACGGGACCGCGCCACCGGAAGAUCCUAAGCCCAACCCAACAGACGGCCAGUCGCCCUCCCCUCCUCCGCGACAGACUCCCAUCCGGCGGGUUUCGUCCGAUGCAAUGUUCUCUGCUUUGGUUGGGGACAUGAAGGAAUCACCGAAUGUCGGACUUGUCGAUGCCUGGAUCCAAACGAUCAGGCAGCUAUUCGCGGAGGCCUACGCGGAAGUCCCAUUUCUUUCCGAGGAGCUGCCGGCGGAUCGAAAACGUUUCCCGACUGUGGGUGAAGCCGAAGCGUCUAGUCUACUAGGCUUAUUUGAACAAGCGUUUGUCAACACAACGGGAGGCUUUGAGGAAUAG